GCGUGUAAUGUAAACUCAUUGUCUUUACGCCAGAAUUCGCCGCGUUCCCGUUCGAAUGUUCGAUAUUUGAAAAUUUGAAUUUCGAACAAUAUAUGUUUCUUUUCCCAUUUUAUCUGUGAUUUAUGGAAUUCUUUUUUUAAUUGUGACCGGAUUGCGGAUUUUGCAGUGUUGUGAUUGUAAUUGUGUAUUUGUGUGUAUCGAAUUGGAAUUGAUUGUAACGAAAUUAGUUGGUGUAAAAACUAGUGCUUGUGUUAAGUGCGGUGUAUUCAUAAGUCGUAUUGUUGGUGUAUUGGAUCAUGUUGAACGGGUGUAACCACAUCAUGUAGGGAAUGUACAAUAGAACAGUGACAAAUAGUGUUGUGAAUGAGUAGUGAUGUUCUCGUGAGGUCAUGACGAAGCCAGGUGCUGCGUGGGCCUGGUUAGCCCUUGCCUUGGGACUCACCACUGCUUAUACGGACACCGAAGAGUUCCUCAGUGAUUUGGAUAAGCCAGUACCAACGUCAGACGUGCAGGGGGUGCUUGGGAAGAAAGCAUCCUUGCCGUGCGACAUCCAGCCGCUCCACUCUGACGACGCUGUGGUGAUGGUGCUGUGGUUCAAAGAGUCUGAUGGGGAACCGUUGUACAGUUACGACAUCCGAGGGCGCUCCUACAAUCAGCCAAAGCUCUGGUCUUCGCCGCUGGUAUUCGGCAACAGAGCUUACUUCAGGGGAGGUGCCACGCCAGCCGUGCUCAUGAUAGACAACGUGAUGGCAGUGGACGCUGGCGUCUAUAGAUGUAGGGUUGACUUCAAGAAUUCACCUACGAGGAAUUUGAAAGUCAAUUUUACUGUUAUAAUCCCACCCAGCAGACCCACGAUAUAUGAUGCCAAGAGAAGAGACAGAACGAAACUAGUGGAGCCUUACAACGAAGGCUCUAAUGUACUUUUAAUCUGCGAAGUCGAAGGAGGUCGGCCGCGCCCAAGGGUCACGUGGUACCUGGAGAACGUGGUCAUAGACGAUUCCUUCGAACAACGGGCAGACGGGAUCACCGUCAACACGCUGACCUUCCCAAAUGUUGGCAGACAGCACUUGAAUGCCAGACUGGUGUGCCAGGCGUCUAACACUAACCUGGCACCUCCCGAGACCAAAGUUUUGAUACUGGAUAUUAAUUUGAAACCGAUAACCGUGGCAAUACUGACCAAGGAGAGGCAGGUCUCCGCUGACAAAAGGUACGAGGUCGAAUGCAAGACGACAGGAUCCCGGCCGGAGGCGUCAGUCACUUGGUGGAAGAACAAUAGACAGCUCAAGCGAAUGGCGAAAAAUUUCUCAGAAAACAAUGAAACACUCAGCGUGUUGAGCUUAUUACCUAGCGUUGAGGACGACGGCAAGUAUUUGACCUGCAGAGCCGAAAAUAAGUUCAUCCCAGACUCGGCUAUUGAAGAUAAGUGGAGGUUGAACGUACAUUAUGUACCAAUAGUGGACUUGAAGAUGGGCUCUAAUUUAAAUCCAGACGAGAUCAAGGAAGGAGAUGACGUGUACUUCGAGUGUACUGUUAAAGCCAACCCUAAGACCCAUAGACUUGUCUGGUUUCAUGGGAAUACAGAAAUAUAUCACAACGAAGCGGCCGGCAUCAUCUUGAGUGCUCAAAGUUUAGUACUGCAGAGUGUGACGCGAGCGGCGGCCGGAGAUUACACAUGUAUGGCUGCAAACAGCGAAGGAAAAGGGACAAGUAAUCCUGUAUCUUUGCUGGUUCGAUAUGCACCAGUCUGCGCUGAGAGGCGAGACAGCGAGCUAUUCGGCGCCCUGAAGCACGAAACUGUGCUGCUGCAUUGUUCGGUGGACGCGAACCCCGCGCUCGUCUCCUUCCACUGGACGUUCAACAACUCUGGGGAGCAGUCUGAACUGCCACCUCGAUUAUAUAGCACCCACGGUCAUACGUCAACGCUGAACUACACUCCGACCACGGACAUGGAGUACGGAACCCUGGCGUGUUACGGUGAGAACGCUGUUGGUCAGCAGAAGGUGCCCUGCUUGUUUCAGCUGGUUGCUGCUGGUCGACCAUUCCAGCUGCAAAACUGCACGGUUGCUAACCAGAGUCUGGACUCCUUGUACGUAGAGUGUGUCGAGAACUUCGAUGGUGGUCUCCCACAGACCUUCCUGAUGGAACUACUGGAACUACCUUCCUUGAUUGUACGCCACAACGUUUCAACAAACAGAACGCCACCAUACUUCGAGAUCCGUGGUCUUCCUCCCGGAGUUAGCUACAGGAUAGACCUGUAUGCUGUUAACGCUAAAGGCCGGAGUGACGUGUCCACUAUUGAACACGUCACGUUAAAAGGACAGGCUAAAUUCACUGGCGAAAGCAGUUCGCUGGGCGUGUCGCCAGUGUUAGCGUCGAUUGCGGCGAUGUCAGCGUUGCUGGCGACGUCAGUGUGCGGCAUCCUUGCUGUACUGUACCGCCGGCACGCCAGCAGGCAUAGACAUUUGCCGGCUAAACACGCUCCCUUGAACGAGGCAAUGUACACCGAACGCGCUGGCCAAUGUCCCACCCCAGUGAAGCAAGAAGUUCGAGGCGAAGUGUCGAGCGUGGGGUCGGCAGGCGCGGGCGGCGCACUACUUCGGGAUGAGCCACAGGAUGACGCUGACCCCGACAUUAUUCCUAAUUUAUAUGAACGCCGGCCAGUAUCCAAUGGCUACAUGAGCCUCCAGCGUCCCUUAUCUAACAGCAAGUUAAGUAAAAGCGAGGAUGCGAGGUCAGAGCCCGAUGGCGGCGGCUAUUACGACUUUAGGAAGAAAGAUUAUAAGAUACCUUUAACUAGUUCAUACCACAGUCUCGGGCGCGCGAACAAGGGCGUAACCACCAGCCCUAGCUCCGGCGGCGGUGUGACGUCAUCACUCACCGCGCAUCGCUUGCGGCCGGAGGUCGUCACGACGUCGCACCGCGUGCAAGAGAGCUGCAUAUAAAUACAUUCUGGAGCAUUGUUGUGAUGAUGUUACAUUUUACUUGUAUUGUGGAUAUAGAUAUUUUUUUGUAUGUUUAUUAAACUAGGAGAGUAAAAUGUGAAGUGUAACGUAGUAACGUUCAAGUAUGAAU